CCCAUCCCAAGAUGGCGGAGAUGCCCUUGUACUUUGUGGACUUGCAGGAUGACAGACGAUUCUGGGUGAGUGGCAGGAACUGAGAUGCACAUUAUCAACCUUGGUUGGAAGACGAAGGAGCUGCAGAGUUCUUUCCUAUCAGAUGGAUUUGAAGACUACGGUCCAGAUUGCAACGGCAUGAGGGUAACGACCUUCUUGGGCAUUGCAGGCCAGGAUAACCUGCCUCCACUCACUCCCUGGAAAAGUGUGCCUUCAGCGGUAACAUCUUCAAUCAGUAAGCUCGCCAGCCCUGUGCACACUUACAGCCCUCUGUUGUGUCUGGGUCAGAUUAUUGCCAGAGGGCUACUUGAUGUCUUCAGGGACUUCCAUAACAAUGAGGACGAUUUCUUGAUGGUCAUGGAGAUUGUGGUCCAACUGUCAGAAGAUGCAGAGCCCACAGUGCGGACUGAACUGAUGGAACAGAUUCCUCUCAUUGACAUUUUUUUUACAAGAAAACAAAUGAAAUUUUCCAGUGGUGUUCUCCAAAUAUCUCACACCCAUUGCAGUGAGGUACCCCACAGAUCUGAACCGUCAGCUCAAGUUCAGGUGUUAUCAGCUGCACUGAGAGCUGCCCAGCUGGGCUCUGUUUGCGGGCCGGAGCCCAAGUCGGCAGCCGGUCUGCGGGCAGCAGCCCCUCCAGAGGCCGGCCGCACUGCCGACAGUCAGACAGCUCUGUUGGCUUCGUCGUCGGGGACCGAGCUCUCCGCGGCCAGGAUAUUACAGCACGGAGCUUUCUGGCACACCUGUGGCCAGCGGCUCCCGUGCCUUCUGGUUCCAAGCAAGCUGUACUCAGGCCACUUGGAGCUGGGACUCCUCCUAGGUCGGGGCCAGCCGACAGCAUCCGAAUCAGGGCGGGGCUGUGGUCACGAAGCCACGUGUGUGCUGGACCCACCUCAUUCCAUGUGCCAUGGAGGACGUCUCUCCAAAUGCAUGGUCUCCACAAGACCAGCUGUGUCUAAAUCCACACAGUUUGUAAUUUGAGUUUAGUGAUUUAAAGCUGAUUUAUCACUCUCUUACCCCCAGUGCUCCCAGUCAUGCAAAACAAAAGAUUUAUUUAAAACCCUUGAAUGUAAAAUGUUUAAGAGUUUGUUAAGGUUACCCUAGGUUAGAAAGAAAUGAAAUGAGGUGAUAUCCUGUUUUUCCGGUUUGUUUCAAAAAAUCAGCAUGAAAACUCAUUUUACCCUUGUUACCUGGAGUGUGGAAGUAGAAGGGUGUGGCCAGAUUUACUGUGGUGGGAGAUGUGACAGGGCUCGGGCUUCUUUGUCAUACACGGAAGGAGAGAAAGGGCAGCUUCCUCCAGGUGGCCUUUUGAACGAAGGAUGUCACAGGGCGUGAGGAACCAGGCUUUGCUCCAGGGUGUGGGCUGCAAGGGCUCGAACUCACAGCCUGACCCGUGGGUUCCAGCGGGAUCGGUCUGGACGCUCCCAGCUGCGAAAGAAGGAAGAGGGAACAAAAAAUUCAAAGACCUGGAAUCAUGAGAAUUCUCUCCUCUCACCCGGGACAGCAGGAGGGGGCUGCGGCUGGCUGGGGCUGCCCGCUGAGGCCCUUCACCCCACCCUGCCCUGGCCGCGGCUCUGCCGUCUCAGUGCCACCAGCUAAGUCCCAGAAUGCCCAGCAGAAGCAAGGGCCUGCUGCUGUCCCCGUGGCUCCUUAGAGUGCCAGAAGGUUUUCUGGGGAAAUGAUCUCACAAUACCUUAUUUAUUUAUUUACAUUUUAUUAAGGUAUCAUUGAUACACAAUCUUAUGAAGGUUUCACAUGAGCAACAUUGUGGUUACUACGUUCACCCAUAUUAUCCAGUCCCCCCACACCCCAUUGCAGUCAUUGUCCAUCAGUGUACUAAGAUGCCACAGAGUCACUACUUGUCUUCUCUGUGCUGUGCUGCCCUCCCCAUGGCCCCCCUACAUCAUGUGUGCUGAUUGCAAUGCCCCUCAAUCCCCUUCCCCCUCCCUCUGCACCCACCUCCCUCACCUCUCCCCUCUGGUAACUGUUAUCCCUUCCUGGGGUCUUCUCUCAAUACCUCUUGGGAUCGCCUUGACUUGUGCUGCUUUCUUAAACCUGGCAUAAGGGCAGUACAUGACAAGGGCAUGUAAGACUUUGGAACAAAGCUAAUUCCUGGAAGAGGAAUAGUGAUGUAUUAAUUAUUAAUAUAUGUGAAUUUAUUAUUGGGGAAAUUGAGGUCUUAGGUUAACAUACCAAAAUAUUUCUGUUUUAUCAUGUCCUCUAUUAAACUAAGCAGCACGUUUCAUUGACAACCUUGGGAAUUGAAGUUUCUGGUAGCAUGCCUCAGAGCAAAUGAAGCAUCUAUCGGUGUAUUAAUCGACUUCCCUGGAUCAUAUAUUGAGAUGAUUUGUCAGAAUCCAUUAAGCUGGUAGACAGUGUGACAUUUCCAGUGCAAGCAGGAAAUCCAUGUUAUGGUUGAAGGAGAAGGUCAGGUCCAUCUCAGUUAAUGUUAAUCAAUGAUCAUAGAGACCAGUAUGUCACUGCUGGAUGUUCUUGCUCAUUUUAAUUGUUAACCUAAUAUGAAAGCUCGUCAGCAAACAUUAGAAGUGUUUGUACGUGUGGAAAUCGAGAACAGUUUUCCAAGUCAAUACUCCUUUAUCAGCUACAUAUGUUCACUCAUAUUCAAUGGGUCUUCCCCUCGCUUCUGCGUCCUCUCUCGGGUCGAGCAUUGCUGCAGAUCUCCAGUUCCUGAGAGUACCAGAGGUGCUUGCUUCACCAUUUCUUGCAAACCUCACCCUGCCUCCUGGAGUGGUCAAUGCCUUAAAUGUGUGAAUAUUACUUAAGGCCAUUGGUUAACCACUGUGGGGUCCCUGGGACUUAAAGAAUGGUCUAUUGGCACUCAAGUUGUUGGGAUUCACCAAUGUUAGCCUGUCUUUUGUCAGGGCCCCAGGCAGUCUUGAAAUUAAAAUGUGUAAAAUCUAUUUGCCUUGGCACUUACAAUGAUCAAUUUAUACACUAUCAUGUAUACUGUGCAAAUGUGCUUUUUAACAUCCAGAGAGAGACCAUUGACUUCAAGGGAAGCUCUGCUCUGUGUUUGUGGAAGUCAUUUCUGGCACUGAAAAAGGGUCCUUUGAAGGGGAAGCGAUAGGACAGCGUCCUCCUCUGGAGUAAAUUGGUAACAUGCCCCAUCAAGCUUGCAGGAGCCCAGCACACCCUGCAGUGGAGCCCGUGUGGAGACUGAGCAGAGGCACGACCCAUCCCACAUGAGAAUUAAUCUAAUUACAGGUUUGUUCCUAGAAAAGAAAAGCAAGUUUACAUUUUCUGGAAGUUAAAUUUAAGAAUGACCAUUGGAGCCAAAUAUUUUUCUUCCAUCAAUAUUAAUGACAUAUCUCAGUUCAUAAUCUAUGUUGCUACUAUUUCCUUUCUAACUUAAUAAAGUACAUUCUAAAUAGUGUUUAAUGUCUUCUGAACCAUCUAGAAUAGUAUUUUAAGAAAGCAAACCAAAUACAUGAAAAAAAUUUGACAUUUAUACAUUCAUAUUUAGUGUAUUUAUACAUGUUAUUUCAUUUUUUUUGUCUGAAAAGUUUUUGACAGCCUCUUUUGUUGAACCACAUUUGGCUCUGUUCUGUCUCGUGGACUGGCUUCUUCCACUAUGGAAGAUCUCUUAAAUUUAAAAAAUUUUUUGUAUCCCAUUGCCUUGUAGAAAUACAGGUAAGUGGGUGAUGUCUAAUGAAGGCCAUAUUCCAUCUGUUGGAAAAAAGCAGUAAUGAGUGGAGUGUAGGGGCUCAGGCCCCAGGUGCUGGGGCAGUUAUAAGAAAGGAGACCAUGGUGUCCAUUCUCCAGAGCCAUGUGCUAGCCAGACACCGCUGUUUGGAUGGUUCGCCGUGGUCACAAAUGUGGGCAGACUUUGAAAAUAUGGGGGGGCCUUGCUUUAACUUCAGUCCGAGCUGAAAACUCAGCCCCUGCAGAACAGACAGAGCCUGAGCUUUAGGAAGGCCUCUUGUUCCUCUCACAUUUCCGCUUUGCUGGUCUUACCUCCAAAUUCUAAAGUCCUUGUUUUUCAUGAGCCUUCUCCUCCUUUCCCGCAAGCAUAAUGGUUUCCUUUCUCUCCCAUUUCCCAGGAUGUAAUGCCCCAGCCCCUUGCUGGAUCCGUAUGUGUCCGUGACCCACCCGGCUUGAGCCCAGACUGUUGAUACCGACAUAGCCAAACACUGUGCCUACACUGGGGUGGUGCUCACCUGGGCAGGCAGAAUUGGCACUGCCUGAAAGACACGUGUGAAGUGCUGGCUUCCGGCGUGCAGGUAAAAGCGUAGGGUGGGUCAUCUAAUUCGGAAGAGGGGGGAAAGAAGCUGCCGCCAGGCUCGCUGACUUGCAUUUUAUGUGGCUGUGCUGGCUUGUUCACUGCUCUCUGGCCAAAUCAAGCUUUCAGUGGCCAACACCUGGCAGUCUCAGUUGUGCUCCAGAAAUGCCACCUGUGCCCUUGAUGACAUUGGGUCAUGCUUGCUUUUUGGGAUUUGUUUGUGCUGUGCACCACCACUGGAAGGUACGGCAGACCCUAGGCCCCUCCAUUCACGAGCUGAUGGUGAUUCCUGGGGACCAGUUAUCAGCAGCUGACCUGGUGCCUAUCUUCAAUGGAUUCUUAAAGGACCUGGAUCAAGUACAAAUAGGAGUUCUUAAACACUGUAUGAUUUUCUAAAGGUGGGAAGAAGGAUUAAAAACAAAAAACAAAUCUCCCUCUUCAAAAUGAGAUUUUUAAACCCUGGCUGUGUCAAGUGUCAGUGAAAAAAAAUUAAACUGCCUAGAGUUCUUCAGUUGAAAUAUACCAUCCAAAAUCUAAAAGUGGGUAAAUAUUUCUAUGUUGUUCCUCCUAAUCUUCCUGCCCCUUGGCGUCCUAAUUCUGUGGAGGGUGGCAAACAUGGAGCCUGGCACCCUCUGUGAGACAGCAGGAACUGAGGCCCCCGGAUGGCAUGUAGUCUGCCUAGGUCUGCCCUGGGGAAGAGCCUGGCUGACAUCCAGUCUCAGUUCUGCAUGAAGGGCUUUUCCUGCAAGAUGUUGCUGCUUGCCUUUUUUAAUUUCCGAAAGGAAUGAUGAGUUCAAAAAUGACCAAAGGAAACUAAUUACCCGCAUCCACACGUCCAGAAGCUGCCCUUGAUGGACGCUUGCAUGUGCUGCACCAAUUUACAUUUUCCUCUUGUGGUGCAGGAGUGCGUGAGCACGCGGCUCCCUGGGAAGCAGCAGUGGUAUUUAUCUUCUGAACACACACAGCUGGAUUUUUUAGGCAGGAAGUUUUGAAGGAAGGAAGAGCUAGGGGGCGUUUAGAGAUACAUAAGCACAUAUAUGACCAGGAGGACAAGCUGGAAGCAUUCAGGGAUAGGUUUGAUGUCUGUUAACAGUAACAUUAGUUCACAGCCACCCUGGGUAAUGGGAUGAGAGGAGUUAGAGAAACACACAGUUCUUGCCACUGACAAAUGUAUAAGCUGAAAUACAAUAAAACAGUAUGUUUGGA